AGGAGGGGGGUUUUCCCAAUCGUCUGAUCCUCAUCUUCAUGUAACAAUUUUAACGUGGAAGGAAUUUUAUCAUAUAUAAAAAUAAGACUGAAUCCAUUAGGUGUUUUAUUCAAAUGGAAAGCCCAAUAGACAUUACAGAUGAUGGAGAAAAAAAAUGCCCAACUUAUUUUGAGGAUAUAAAUAUCUCUCCAGUCAUUAAUCUAGGCGCCACCACCACCACCGCGUGAAUCAUCAGUUUAGACCUUAAGGUUGUUGGUUGUCAAGUUAAUGGAGGAGGGUAUGGCUAAACAAGAAACAAGUGAGUCGGGGAGUCUACCAACAUCCCCAAAGGCAAAGCCGGUGCGAACGUGUGAAAAAUCCGUAGAAGAACAGCUACAGGAACGAUUACGAGUACCUCGCUGGCUAAGGAUGGAACGUUGUGGAAGGGCCUUUGGAUUUGAUCUGGAUUUCAACAGCGAUACGCCUACGUUAAUUGAGCCCGAGUGGGGAGAUGACUAUGAUAUCGGUCUCUAUGGUAGGAUUGGACUCCAAUGCCACAAUCUUCAAAAGGGAACAAACUUUAAGUUUAAACGCUGGGAGAAACAUAGUUCGUGGGAUGCUGGAUCCAUGGACUUCUACGUGACUUUGGACGCAGUGGAUCCGGACAUCGGCUCUGUCUUCUCUUUUCAGACGCUGUUACGCGACCAAGGACGUCGGAGUCCAUUGGGUGUCAGACUUCUCUUGUGCAACAUAGUCUCCAGAUUCACUCCUCCAAGGGACAAGCCUCUGAAAGUGGAUUAUGAAUGGGACGAGGACGCGGUACCUGACUUCUACAAAGGUCCACUGCCCAAAUGGUAUUCUGAUGAAGCCUUGGAACGUGACAGUAAGAAGUAUUACGUGGUGCCUGAAUCAGAGCUGCAUGACAAUGACUGGCUGCAACUUCUCAUGGAAGUCGCCUUCUUCUCCAAAGCUGAUCGUUGUUUGGAUGCUUACCUAUCCUUGGAACUCAAAAAGGUUGUUGUGGAAACUCUUGAAGAUUACACAACAGAGGCGCAUGAGAAGCUUAAAGCAGAUAAUGCAAUCUUCUACAUAAGUUACAAGUGUUGCACCGAUCCUUUUUCAGUGACUUUGUCUGGUUAUCCCCAUCUUUCAACGACUUUGGCUGGUGAUCACCUUGCCGUAGUGAGGAAGACCAUGGAUGGGAAACCAGAACACAUGAGUCUUGAAGUUUCUCUUACCAGAAAACAAGAAAAAGAGUAGACAUAUGCAUCUGUUUCUUGUCUUGAAGCAUAUUUAGGAAACAAAGAAAUAUUAAUCUGGUCUAUUUGGAUGAGGAGAAGUAACAAAAUAGUAUCCUCGUUCUAGAAACACAAUAAAGCAUUGUGCAUAACUUAACCAAUAUAUGUCAAUUCAAAAUCAAAUGAACAUCAUAUCUAUCCAAAUCACAAGAGCGAGGAGGAGACUAAAAUGAAAUUGGAAUGCACUUGAAGAUCACCAACCCUCCAAUGGUGUAAUCGCUUCACUGGAUCAUUCUUAUUUCUUAGUACUGGUAAUGGGUAUAUUUUACAUUUCAUAAACAUCAAUAUGUUAUACAUUUAUUGUUACACUAGGUGGUUUUCCCGUGCUCAUACCCGUAUGUAGCUAUUUAUAAAAUAAAUACAUUAUAAUCAUAUUAAUAUUUUUAUUUAAUUUAUAAUUAUUCUGUUA